CUUUACGUCUUCGUAACUGAUUUAAUUCAAUUAAAUUAUUAUUGUAAUCGAGUUGGUUGUUAACGUAGUAUACAUAAAUUAUUCACUUUAGUGUUAUAUUCCAUAGUUUUUCUCUAAUUAAAAUUAUUCACUGAAUAACGUUUAUUUCUAAGCUGUGUUGUGUUGAAUUUCGGAAUGAAAGGACCUUGUUUUGUUCUAAUUGUUUUCGUCGUUUUUUGUAUGUAAUCCACAUGUACUAACCAGUGUUUAAGAAAUGACAUUUUAUUAUGUUGAACUAGGUACUUAUAAUCGUUGUUGAUCAUUGUUCUUAAGUUUUAUUACAAAAUCAAAUCUUUGCCAAAGUCAUGGAUUAGAGUGAAAUAAGUGUAUGUGUAGUAAGCCAGUGAAAUUUGGCUUAUUUCGUUUGUAGUUGAACUCAGCAAAUCGUGCUCCUUUAUGAACAAUGAAUCCUUAACGUUUCUCAAGUUCGAAUCUGCGAAUUUAAGUUUACUUACUUGAAAGUGAAAUUGACUAGUCAUCCAGGAACUGUGCUUAAAAAUGUCUGUUUCAAGCUCAAAUAAAACAUCAGGAUUGAAGCCACCUUCGAAGAUUGCCAGACCAUCUAAUAUUUAUGGAGAAAAAAAUGCAGAUAUUUCAACCACUUCGACAGAUGGUCUCCAUUCAACGGUGAAAAAAUUAUCCAAAGAUGCGAACCGAAAAUCUAUAAGCGAAGACUCAUCUACAAACUGGGAAAACUUAAAAUUUGACCAUUCGUUUCGAAGACGAGAAUCCGACGCCAGUAGCAUGCUGACAGAAGAUACCGACAGUUUUAUUGUUGGUGAUCGUGUAUGGGUUGGUGGUAGUAAACCAGGAGUUAUUGCAUUUAUUGGAGAGACCCAAUUUGGACCCGGGGAUUGGGCCGGAGUCGUGUUAGAUGAGCCAAUUGGUAAAAAUGACGGAUCGGUAGCCGGUAUAAGAUAUUUUCAAUGCCCGCCGAGUCGUGGUAUUUUCUCAAGAUUGAGCCGAUUAACGAGAUACCCCGUUGAUCCGAGUCAGGCGUAUAAACUGCUCAAGACUCCGGUAACUCCGGAACAAAAGUCAACUUUGGCUAAUUCACCCACCAGUUCGAUAUCUUCUCGAGUUCAAUUACCCUACAGCUACGGUAGUAUUGCCAAUUCAACCGGACCUGAUAUAAAAAUCGGCGACAGAGUGAUCGUGCAAAGUAGCCAUGGUUCAAAAGCGGGUAUUUUAAGGUAUUACGGAAAUACCGAGUUUGGAGCUGGAUUAUGGUGUGGCAUUGAACUGGACGAUCCACUGGGAAAAAAUGAUGGCUCGGUGGCUGGUGUAAGAUACUUCGACUGUGCUCCGAAAUUCGGUCUGUUUGUGCCAGCAGAAAAAGUCAGUCGAUCGCCAAUUUCAAAUAAAAAAGCGUCGUGCGUUGUUCAUCCUGGUGGUAUUACACGGCAAGGUACUCUUGAUUCGAUUCGAACUACUGCUUCUACAAUCAAUACGAGUGCUUCGAGUGUUAAGAGUAAUUCUCGGGUAAGACUCGGAGUGAAUUCAUUAAACAAACAGAAAGCAACACCGAGAUCUUCUAUAACGCCAUCUCGCACAUCUACUGUUCAAGCACCUAAAUCUCCACUACAGGAGCAACUCAAAGAAAAAGAAAACUACAUCAAACAACUACUGAAAGGGAAAGAAUUAGAGAGAGCUGAAAUUAUCAGAGCAGCAACUCAGGCUGAAGAAGCCGAGAAAAAAUUAGCAGCUAAAAUAAAUGAACACAAUGAAGUUUGCGCUGAAAUGGAAUUGCAAAAGGCGACGUUCCAACAAGCCAUUGAAAAAUUGGAAAAAGAUAAAGCUACGUUGGUGAGCCAGCUGGAAGAGGAACGUAAGAAAAUCGAAGACCUCCAAUUCAAUUAUGAAGAAGAAUCAAUUACAAAGUCUGAAAUACAGGCUUUGAACAAUGAAUAUGUAGAGAAAUUGAAAAAUUUGGAAAACAUCGUAAAUUCUCCUCUUGCAUCUCUUGAAUGCGACGCUCAACUCUCCAGAGCUUCUGAUAACAAUGAUGAAACGUUAUCUUUGUCUGAAACCGGUGGUCCAGCCGAAUUGAAUAAACGUUUAGCAGAAGAACUGAACGAAGUUAAAAAACAUUUAGCUUCGCUGACCGAAGAAAAGACUCAUUUGGAGACCAAAUAUUCAGAACUGAAAGAAUGUAUAGAAAGCAUGAAGUUAGUGGAAAAAAAUAAAGACGAAAUUAUCGAUAGGUUGACAAAAGAAGCUGCGCAGCGAUUGGCCAUCGGUAACGAAACGGAAACUAAGACAUCGCAGGAAAUUCUCACUUUGAAAGCAAAACUUGCAGAUGCUGAAAAUGAGAAAGAUCUAGUUAAAAGUGAAACACGUUCUUUGAAAGAAAAAGCUGCCUUAUUAGAAUCAUCCGUUAGAGAAAAAUGCGACGAAAUUGAAAGAAUUAACGUUCUUUUGGCAACCAAAGAACAAGAACUAAGAAGUGAACUUGAUAAUGCCAGUAAUAAUUUACAAUUCGAAUUAGACGAGAAUAAAAUCAAAACAGAGGAGCUGACUAAGCAAAUCGAGCAAUUAAACGACGUCAUUAGUGCCAGUGAAUAUAAAUGGAAAAAUUACGUUGAAAUUUCCAUCAACUCCUUGACUCAGUUAUCAAACGAUUUGAAAAAUGAAAACGAAAUGAUAACUAGUGUAAUAUUGGGUAGCGAGACGGCUAACAACGUAAUAUCAGCCUUCAGAUCAAAAGAUGCUACCUUGUCAUUAUUGAUUGAAAAGUGCCCAGAGGAAUUGAAAGAUGUGUUCCUGGAGUUAUCUCAUCAGUUGGAGAAAAUUUCUCAUAAUAAUGUAAUUUUACUAGAAAAAAUUGAAACGCUCGCUGAAGUGAUUUCUCGCAAAGACUCGCUCAUAGAAGAAAUCACUGAAGAGAAAGAGAAUGCUAGGAAUGAGUACCUGGAAGCCAUUGAAAGCAAGAAGGAUGAACUGAAAAACGUUGAAAAUAAAUACGCCGAACUUAACAAGGUAAAAGAUGACAUAGAGAAGCAGCUAAGAAUUUCUGAAGAAAAUCUCAAAAAUAUGGAAAUGUCUUGUACGGAUAAAGAUCAGCUGGUGAAGGAAAUAAGCACUAUGCGAAAAAAUUUAGAGGAUAAAUCGUCCGCUUGCGAAAAUCUCUUACAAGAUACCAUGGCUUUGAAAAAAGAAUUACAAACUAAAGAUGAAGAGAAUCAAACUGCGUGCGAAACGUUAGAAAAAGAGAAAGAGCAUCUAAAAAAAGAGGUGGAAAAGAUCAGUGAAGAACUGAAACAUGAAAUCGAAGCUAAAAGUGUAUUGAAAAACGAAGUAGAAAAGAUUAAUGAAGUACUGAAACACGAAAUCGAAGCUAAAAGCGUAUUGAAAAAAGAGGUAGAAAAGAUUAAUGAAGAACUGAAACACGAAAUCGAAGCUAAGAGCGAAUUGAAAACAGAAUUCAACGAAUUACAAAAGUCUUACGAAGUGAGUGUCUCGUUAAAUGAGGCUAAAAAUUCUAACGAGCACGAAACAUUAACAAAUAAAAUAGAGCAACUGAUUCGGGAAAAUCAGAGCAAAGAAGAAAAAGUCAAAGGAUUGGAAUACCAAUGCGAACAAUUCAAGAAAAAAGAAUGGGAUUUGAGUGAAAAAAUGACGAAUAGUGAAAAUACCAUGAAAAAUAUUUUAGAUAAAUUGAAAAACUUGAAUCAAGUUCUGGGCGAUAAUUCGAAUAAUCCUCUUAUUGCUCAAACCGAUAUCGAAGCUUCCUUAGACAACGUGUGUUCUUAUUUGUUAGAUUUACGCAAUAAUUACGAGCUCAUGCAAAAUUCAUUUAAAGGCCUGGAGAAUUGUAAAAAUGAGCUUGAACAACAGCUGGAGAGCUUGAAACAGGAAAAUUCAUUGGCGAAAAGUCAUCUCCAGGAGAUUUCAUCCCAAAAAGAUAUUCUGGACCGGCAAAUAGAAGAAUACUCGUCUCAAAAUGAACAAAUAAAUGAAGAAAUGCUCCAACGAGAACAAACCAUUUCUGAAAUAAGUACAAAAUACGCUGAAGUGAAAUCGGAAUGCGACGAAACUUUGGAGAAAUUCAAAGAAAUUGAAAAAAACAAGGAAUCUUUGUUGGGCACUACCAGUGCGUUGGCUGAAAAUGCCAAUCAGUCCUUGAUGAAGGAAGCAGAAAAUAUGAGAUCCGAGCUCAAUACUUUGAAAGAAAAUUUGUUGAACAAAGAACAAGAAAUAAUAGCAGAAAAGAAACAAUUGGAAGAAAACUUGAAAAAUCUUGAAAACGCUAACGAAAAUUUGAAAUUGAAAGAAAAAGAAUACACUGAUAUAAAUAGUGAAAUUGUUUCUCUUCGAGAAAAAAUAGUUUCUUUGAAUGACGAAUUGUCGAGCAAUGAGAAAAAGUAUCAAGUUGAAAUAGCCACUUCUACGAAAAGUAUUCAAAGUUUAUUGUCAGAGAAAGAAAAUCUUUUAGAAGAAUGUAAAACUGUGAAAAAUCAAUUGGAAAAUGUCAAGGAAGAAUUAACAAAAUUGAAAAGCAAUCUAGAUAAUGCUAAUCGUAAUAUUAACGGUGUUAUUACCAAUGAAAGUAAAUUAACCAACGGCAGCGGUUCAAAAAUACCAUUGUCACAAGGAAAAAAUUCUUACUCGGAAAUUGAAACGAAAAGCGAAUCGAAUGAGUUCAAUAAUAACGUAGUUGCUGUACCUGAUGAUCAGUAUACCAAGCUGGUCGAAGCCAAAGAAUUAGCUGAGGGUCAAGUGCAAUUUUUAAAUUCCGUGAUAGUGGAUAUGCAAAGAAAAAAUGAAAAUUUAUUGGAAAGAAUACAGUAUUUGGAAAACAAAGAUCCUUUUGAAGCACUCGAAUGUAGGAAACCAAAGUUUAUUGCUCCGCGCCAAUUUUGUGACAUAUGCGAUGUGUUUGAUCUACACGAGACAGAGGACUGCCCGAAACAGUCGAAUUCUUCGCCUCCUCCUACUAAACGAGACACUACGUCUAAAGUUAAACCACCCCCCAGACCGUACUGUGAAAACUGUGAAAUAUUUGGCCAUGACACGUUACAAUGCAACAAUGAAGAAAAUUACUGAUCAGAUAAAUUACAAAAUUCCAUUUGAUAAUCGGGUACACUGGUAAUCCUGAAGGAAGUGAUUUGUUAUAUAUUUUUGUUAUAGUUUUUAAUCUUUUGUGCUCGGUUGAUUUGAUUAUUUUGUUGUAAUAUUGUUGUUCCUUGUAAAUGUAAAAUGUCAAUUGAACUAUACUAUUGUUAUCGAUGUAAUGUAAGAAUUAAGAAGUACUGUAUGUUUUCUAAUGACUCGCAUUCGUUGAAUCUUUUUUUAGCGGCAAAUUUAAAUCACCGUUAUAAUUUUAUUUAUUUUUUAUUAUUGUGCCUGAUAUCAGUUGAUGUAACUGCGAUUUUUGUUGUUUUGUUUUUUAAUAAAAAUAAAAUUGUUAAGAACUCA